AUUGUUCUUGUUUUUGUGUCUACUCCUACGUCAUUCGGCAUAUUUGGGCUUUUAGUUGCUCUCGCUAAAGUUUAUCAGCUAGUUUUGUUCCGACACAAAGAUGUUCAAUUCCGGAUUUUCUUCAACCAUAUCAGGAUGGUUCUCUGGAUCAACUGAAAAGAAGUCUGCCGAAGAAAGCGCGACUGACAAGGUUGAUGAAAAUACUGAAUCAAAGUCAUCAUCUGGGGGUGAAAUAGGUGAUGACAAUAAUCAAGAUGUAAAAGAAAAAGAAAAUACUGAAAAUGAAAAAGGGAAGGAUCCAGAAAUAGAAUCCUCAUCCAAUCAAUUGACUGCUGAAGAAAUGCAAGCAAAAAUAUCACAAGAAACACAAAAAAUGAUGAAUUCGGCUGUGACUUUCGGAAAUUACCUGUUUGGUGUGGCAUCUGAAGCAUCAAAAAAAGUUUCAGAAAAGGUGACGGAAACUGCUACAACAAUCAAGAAAACAGUAGAGGAAAAGUCUAUCAUUGGAGACUUGAAUCGAGAGCAAGAAGAAUUUUUGCAGAAGAAACGAGAAAGACAAGCGGGUGAUGCCAGUGUACCACCUUGGAUUGGUUAUCAAGAAAGUGAAACAAUGAAACAACAAAUUCUUGCCUUGUCUACUGACAAAAGAAAUUUUCUACGAAAUCCUCCUGCAGGAGUACAAUUCAAUUUUGAUUUCGAUCAUCAUUUCCCUGUUGCUAUGGCUACAUUAAAAGAAGAUGAAAACCUACAGAAAAUGAGAUUUGAUCUUGUUCCGAAAAGUCUGAAAGAAGAAGUAUUUUGGCGAAAUUACUUCUAUCGUGUUUCCUUAAUCAAGCAAUCGGCACAACUGUCAACUUUGGCGGAAAUAACUCGAUCUUCUAACGAUGCAUCUUCAUCAGCGUCAAGUACGUCAUCUGCUGUCAUUAUCGGAAGUACGAACACUGGAACAACUUUAAGUCGAUCAAGUAGCUCAAAAUCAUUAACCAAAUCCGACUCCGAAAGUCCAUCCAAUGUAACCAACAAACACCAAAAAGCAGAAUCCCUCGACCAUAUCAAUGACACACAUGAAAUGGAACCUGGUGUUGGUCCAGAGUUUGUUUCGGAUGAUUUCGACCCUUCAGCUUUAAACCCUGACGAUUUGGAACGAGAAAUGAAGCAACUGGGCAUGGAAGAUGGGGGAGGGACAGAAGGGGAAGUACCUGAAUGGGAAAAGGAGUUACAAAAAGAAUUACAGGAUUAUGAGGUUGUUGAAGAAAAUGACAAGGACAAUGCCUGGGAGAAAGAGAUUGAGGAUAUGUUAAGUAGUGAAGCAAAAGAAUAAUAUCAUAUUUUGUAUAUUUAUUCCUUAUUUUUUGAAUUCUGCUAACUGUACACUCUAUGGUUAUUCACACAUUUCGUUUUAGCUUUAAAUUCUUAUCUAAUCUAAUGGUUUACAGUUUUACACAGUGUGAAAAUUUUAGUGAUGGUCGCCAGGUGUUUCAAGAUCUAUUCGGGUGCAUGUUCUUUAUUUGCUAUCGAAUGGGUUUUCUACUUAUCGUACACUUUUGUGUGCUGGUAUGUCUGUACUUUAUGGAUGUUGUAGCAAGAGUAAAGAUAACUAUUUUAAGUGAUUUAAAAAUCUUGCUGCACAUUAACACAAAUUUAUUUCUGCAAUAUUUGGUUAGACUAAAUGUUCUUCUAUAGUUCAUAAAAUGGCCGGUAUGUAUAGGUUUUAGCUCAUUUGACAUUAUAUAGCUUAGUAGUCAAUUCAUUCUACCAGUUUAGUCAUGGUGAGUUAGAUACAUUUUGAAAAGACUGUUCAUCACCGAGCUCUAAUGCAGCGGUUCCUAAACUUUUAUCAUCUGUGGCCCCCUUGCUCUUGUAUAACAAUUAUUACUUUUGCUUUUAACUCGUUUUUACUCGAUCUUAAGAUCGGUAAGUAUGUUGAUAGGUAUUUGUCUGUCUGUUAGAUGAACGCGAUAUCUCACGAAGGUGAGGUUGCAUCUGCUCCAAAUUUUUCAUGUACGUUCAUCAUAUCUCGGACCAGAAUCCUUUUGAUUUUGGAUGAAUUAUGUCGAAUAAUUAGCGUGUUAUUAAUUAAUUAGUGAUGGGACAUGCGGUGUCACUAUAGGGUCAUGAAUCGAUAAUCUUUGGUCUCCGAUCGAUAUUCUCGUUUUAUACUUGCCGGUUUAAUAUUAGAAGCUAACAAACAAGAUCAAAGGAAUAAAUACAUUAAUGUUGUCAUCGUGAUUGUGGCCGCCAGAUAAUCGCUCUGUUGCCCUGUGGGGGUCGAGAGCCCAGUUUUAAAAUCCCUGCUGUAGUAGAUAGGGGUGAUCCAAUUAAGUAAAUUGUCAUAUGUGCAAUAUUAAAGUAGAGCAUAACCAUAGGUAACUCUGAAAAAGAUUGAGUCAAGAAUAAAUCUUCGCUAUGAUUCAAUAGAACUUUACAUCACAGCACAUCCUGGAGCUUUUCCAUUUCAUACCUUUGCUUAAACAGAAAUAUGUAAUUUUAGAUUUUGAAAUGUUCCGUUUUUGAUAGUUGUCUUAUGUUUUGUUUCAUUCCUUCUGUUGUAUAUAUAUUUCCUCUACGGCAUUAUGUAUUCUAUUAAAAAUUUCUUAUAUGGUGU